UCCCUGUUCCAAAGAAAUGGUAGUGGGUUUACGCGUGGCCACGGGAGAAAGGUCCUCUCCUCUCUCUCCGGGGACUUCGACGGCGAAGAAGAAGAAAAGGAAGAAGAAGAGCGACGCAGCGAGCACCUGCCUGCCUACGGCGGCCAGACGCUAGGGGAGCUGCGUCCGGGGCUCUGAUUCUUCACCGGCGAACCGUAGCGCUCACCGCAGCCGUAGCAUGAGUUGGCGGCCGCCGAUCUCGCCUGGCCGCCUCCUUCUUGUCGUCCAAUUCGUCGCCCUCUGCUCGAUUCCUGGGGCUUUUUCUUCGAGGCUUGUCACACUUGAUACCAUUGAUAUAUUUACCACUCAUGAAUGGUUCUCCAGACCAACUGUGUUUUUCCGCUGCAGUGGAGAUAACAAGACAUAUUUGCCUGACGUGAAGGACGCAAACAUGAUAUAUACCUUUAAGGGUGAAGAAUCAUGGCAGCCCUUAACGGAACUUCCAGAAAAGAAGUGCAAGCGAUGUGGUUUGUACGAAGAGGAUAUGUUUAGAAAUGAUGUGUUUGAUGAAUGGGAGCUGUGUUCUAGUGACUUCAAAGAUGGCAAGUACACACACUUCAAGGAAGGGCAGUUCAAUGCGACCUUCCUGUGCCCAAACUGUACUGUCUCUGUUGGUGAUGCUGCAGCCCAUCACUCUAGCUCAGAGGUGGAAGCCAAAAAGACAUCUGUUGCUGUUAUCAUAAUAGUAAGCGUUCUCGCUUCCGUUAUCGUCGUCCUCGCCUUGUUCGGAGCCUACAAGUACUGGCUGAAGAAGAAGAGGGAGCGGGAUCAGUUACGAUUUCUCAAGCUCUUCGAGGAGGGAGACGACAUGGACGACGAACUGGGCCUUAGCAAUGAACUCUAAGAUAGCGAAUACAGUCUGACGCCCCGAUCUCCAAUCAUCUCAGAUUAGUUCACGUCACCGUGCAUAAAAUGUUCUUCUUCUUUCCAUCUCUCUUUUCAGUUUUAGCUUCAAAUUCUUGUGAUGUACAGCACCUCCACGGUUGAAAGACACAACUCUGACAGCAACAGCACAACUCUUUGGUUCGUCGCACUUUUCCCCCUCAUAAGAUCUGGCAACGGUUAACGUUGCUUAUUCAGUUA